UUACAACCUAUGGAUGUACUGGAGGGAUUCCAGUCUGUUUGAGCUUCGGGCGCGGAUGCAGCGGUCCUCCUCUCGUUGUCCCCUCACUUUUGACUGUGUUGCACGCGUCUCUCUUGUCCUUUUUCAUUUUUUACGAUGCGAGUGUGAGAAACACGAGACACUUUUUGCGUUUGGAGGGGACCUUUUCUGACGGAAGACAACCCAAAGGCUAAUUGGUGUGGAUUUCGGGGGACGUCCUUUUUAAAUUCAGACACGGCAACAUUCACGACUUGACACCUGGGGAAGGCUCUGGUCAGCCUGAAGUGAAGGGUCACUGAGCUCAGACACUUCGCUUCCACUGACUCACAAUUAUACACACAUAGGGGAAAAGUCACACACACAGACACAUCUGCACCACGACAUCCACAUUUACACUCACAGACGUUUGGGGUACACACCCAAAGACUCUGCAUUAACGAAGGCGCACACACACACACACACACACACACACACACACACACACACUCAGGCCCUCUAAGCAGGAUGGGGGAACCCUGGAGGUGCCUGCUGGUCCUGAUCCUCCUGACAUGCUCAGCCUUCACCCACAGCGCCACCAACCCCUUCUCAGGGCAGCAGACCCCUCCGGACCCUUGCUAUGACGACCAAGGCGCAGCCCGCCGCUGUAUCCCCGAGUUUAUCAACGCUGCCUUUGGCAAGGAGGUGAUGGUGUCCAGCGUCUGCGGCCGGCCUGCAUCCCGGUCCUGCAGCGUUGUGGAGCGGGGCGACGAUCGGCCAUCUGUGCGCUCGUGCCAAAUCUGUGACGCCGCGGACCCUCGCCGUGCCCACCCAGCUUCCUACCUCACUGACCUCAACUCAGCGCACAACCUCACCUGCUGGCAGUCGGAGAAUCUGAACACCUCGCCGCACAACGUGACUCUCACCCUUUCACUGGGUAAAAAGUUUGAGAUCACCUAUGUCAGCCUGCAGUUCUGUUCACCUCGACCCGAGUCCCUGGCCAUUUACAAGAGCAUGGACUACGGCAAGACCUGGAUGCCCUACCAGUUCUACUCCUCGCAGUGCCGUCGUUUGUACAAUCGGCCAAACAAAGCGUCCAUUACCAAGCAGAACGAGCAGGAGGCUUUAUGCACAGAUGGCCACACCGACCUCUACCCACUGUCUGGAGGACUCAUCGCGUUCAGCACUCUGGACGGACGGCCCUCUGGCAAAGACUUUGACAACAGCCCCGUCCUCCAGGACUGGGUGACUGUCACCGACAUCCGCGUGGUCUUCAGCCGGCCCCAGCUUCCCCGGGAGCAGGGACUGGGGGCUGCGAGCAACAGCGACGACCCCAUGGCGGUGACAUCGUCGCUGCCAACUUAUUUCUAUGCAGUGGGAGACUUCCAGGUGGGCGGGAGGUGUAAAUGCAACGGACACGGCUCCCGCUGUCUGAAAGACAAGGAAGGGAAACUGGUGUGUGACUGCAAGCACAACACAGAGGGCCCUGAAUGUGACCGCUGCAAGCCCUUUCACUACGACCGGCCGUGGCAGAGGGCCAAUGCUCGCGAGGCCAAUGAGUGUCUGGCGUGCAACUGCAACCUCCACGCUCGGCGCUGUCGGUUCAACAUGGAGCUGUACAAGCUGUCGGGGAGGAAGAGCGGCGGCGUCUGCAUGAACUGCCGCCACAACACCGCAGGCCGCCACUGCCACUACUGCAAGGAGGGCUUCUACAGAGACAUGGCCCGACCCAUCACCCACCGACGGGCCUGCAAAGCCUGUGACUGCCACCCUGUGGGCGCAGCCGGCAAGACGUGCAACCAGACCACCGGUCAGUGCCCCUGCAAGGACGGCGUCACCGGCAUCACCUGCAACCGCUGCGCCAAGGGCUACCAGCAGAGCCGCUCGCCUGUGGCCCCCUGCAUCAAAAUCCCGGUGGUCAACCCCACAGUUGUGGUGAGCAGCACAGAGGAACCAGCAGAUUGUGAGUCGUAUUGUAAACCAGUGAAGGGCAACCUGAAGAUCAACAUGAAGAAAUAUUGCAAAAAGGAUUAUGCGGUGCAGGUGAACGUGCUGGAUAUGGAGACGGUCGGGGACUGGGCCAAGUUCUCAGUUAACCUGGUGUCUGUGUACAAGAGCCGCGGAGAGCCCCUGAAGCGAGGCGACAACAUCCUGUGGGUCCACAUGAAGGACCUGGCCUGCAAGUGUCCCAAGAUCCAGAUGAGCAAACGGUUCUUGGUGAUGGGCGGCAGCGACGGCGGGACGGGCACAGGGACGGGUCCCGGGGUCGGGCCUGGGGGCGGGGCCACCAGUCCAGGGGGGGAGCGCAUUGGCCUAAUGGCUGAUAAGAACAGCCUGGUGAUCCAGUGGAGGGACGUUUGGACGAGACGUCUGAGGAAGUUCCAGCGCAAAGAGAAGAAGGGGAAGUGCAGCAAAGCGUGAUGGGACAGAAGUGUUCAUCCCUACCUCCAUCACCCACCUUCAUGAACCCUUACCCAGCAACUCUGUCUCCUCCCCCGUCUCCCACCAUCACGGGAACACUGCACAUUAGAAAGACUGCAUGUACCCUUCCUGUUUUUAAGGACCACGUUUUGUGUAUAUUGUAUAAUUAUUUUCCUUUUUAUUUGUCAAGGUUUGUCUUUGUUGUGUCUUUUGUUUUGUCUAAUUGGUUUGCCUUCAAAAGGGACCAUUAAAAAGGGUAUGAAGUGUAGACAAAAACAGACGCUAUUCCCUCCCUCGACGACGACAGCGGAAAUGUCCACUCGUCCCCCGACGACGACCCUCUGACCCUCAGCCUCCGCUUCCUGUCAAGACCCGACUGUCUCCUGCCACUUUGUUUGACGUAUGAAAAUACCACAUUUCACACUCUGAGGAUUUUAUUCAACAGUGUUUGUCACUGACUGAUCUCAGCAACAAAACAGGCUGCAUACCCUCAGCUUGGCCUCCUCACGUUUCAUUGUUGGAACAACUCGGAUCAGUUCGAACUGGAUCACCUGACAACCUUCCAACGUUUGCUGUUAAAAUGUUAGACCUACUUGCUAAAGGUCUCUGCAGUAACUCCUACAGACUGUAACUAUGAAACUGUGCAGGGACGUUUUCCACAGCAAACCUCAGUCGCACCACCACUGCUGCUGCAACCAGACAGCCCUCACAGAACGAACUGCUCGUGUAGGCUCUUGUAUCUGCAAGUAUUCAACGCCACAGCUCAUAGUAGAGUUUAUAUUCUUCGUGUGGCUACUUGUAUCUCAUCCAUCCAUAUCACAGCCAUAUCCUUGUUUGAGAUAUAUCCUUUUGUUUCAUUUAAGCAGAACAAACCCUGUUUGCAUGUGUGAGUCACAUUCCAGGCCUCCGGGGCUGUGCCUCUUCACCACUAGUCCCUCUCAUGAGUGGUUUAUAAAGUCAUGCAUCACCAUCAUGACUCAUGGCUUGUCACAUUUUUCUGGAAGAAAGAUUAAGCGUUGUGGACAAAUGGCUGGAAUUUCAGAACAAUCCCAAUAUUUCCGAGGAGACUUUUUCUUUGCUUUAUGGAUAAUGUCUUCCGCUCGGUAGUGGCCUUCCAGAUGUUGUUGUGUAACCAUUGUCAUUUAUUUGUAUUUAAAUGUCUGAACAUUUGGACUGGCAGGCUCUUGUUUGCCGAAAUAAGAGAUUGAAACGAGAGUUCCUUUUCAUGCAGUAAAAAGAAAACAGUUGGAUAAACAACAUAAUCGUGUUUUUCUCUAGUGUAUUUUGACAAAAUGAAUGAGGCUGGAAAGGUUUUAGUGCUCACUGAUUGUAUUAUGACAUGUGAGGAUCAUAUUUCAUUCCUCAUGUGCUUUGUUAUGUUUGCAUGUUUGUGGUUUUUGCUGGUCCAUCAAAACCUUACAGUGAGCCGAGCAAGACCUAAACUAAAAAUGAGCAUCCAAAGGAAAACUUCCCAAGUCAUCUUCCCCCCCCACUUGCCUACCCUUACACAGACCCUGUCAUCCUUUGCCAAAUAAGCGUAGUCAGCUUUUCAAUUCAAUUAAGAGGCUAUAGAUGUCAGGACCAACGAAAACCACAGAGAGACCGUCUGGUUGCUCUCAAGCUUUUUAUCUGCCUUUUGCUGUUAUUUCAUUUUGUAAAGCACAUUAGAAUUGAUUUAAAUAGAGUACAAGAUAAACACAGUUUUGAGGGGCGCAUCAAGCUAGCGUAGCAGUGAGUGUGCGGACAGACCUGUCAUGCUAGCGAGUGGUUACGCUCCCCUUGCUGCGGCCGUAAGUUUGGUUUGUGAUUCUUCCAAAAGUGUCUCUUCUCUCUUCUGUGUCAGCCCCCCCAAACUCUUUUUUUUUAAAACCCAUUUUGCAUGUUGUGUAUUCAGUGUCUCAGAUAAGUGACAGCGCAGAACGAGGCUGCCAAACCCCCCCCCCCUCAGUGGUUUACUGUACCGCGCUGGAGCUCUUGUUUUCACGUCUUCCGAGAAUGUAUGUCAAACUGUGAAGAACACGCUCACUCGUGUACGGUCUGAUUGUGAAGUGUUUAUGAAAUGUAUGUUACAAAGAAUGUGGACGCCAUGACAGUCAAUGCUAUUAUACACUUUGAACGGGAUGUUGCUCAAGGAUGGUUGAUCUUUAUGCUUAUCUGUCUGUUUUUAUAAUGACACAUUUCAUCUAAUCCAAAAACAAAACCCUUAACCAAAAUGAAUUUACCCACAGUGAUUGUGUGGUGUGACAAAAGAGCAAAGAACACAAAAAGACAACAAGUUUGGUAACACUUAUCUAAAAACAUCAACAUUAUAACCACACUUGCAAUGUGUUAUAUGUUUAUACCACUGUAUACUUUUGGUUAUAAGCACUCGUAAAAUGGACAAUGAGUUAAACAAUUACCAUCAUGUAUGACCUAAUAAGUCACUUAUAAUUACUGAUAUGGUCAACUAUCAUAAUACUUUAUAAUAGCUGGUCACAUUUUUGUAUGCAUAAUCCUAAUAUAUUAUAAUUCCCAUUUAUGUAAUACAUACAUUUUGUAUGCUUUUUACAUGUUAUAGGUUACUCUUAAGGUUAACUUAAAGUAAAGAUGAAACAAGAUAAUUAAACAUAGACAAGAACAACAUUUCUUACAUUAAUUAUAUUUCUUACCUAAAGCAAAUAAUGACCACCUACAGAAACGUGUUAUCUCCUUAUAUGCAUUAUAUUAUUAAGUGUUAUGAUGGUUGACAUAUAGAUUCUUAUAAAAUGUAUUAUAUUUAUAUUUUUGAGUGCUUAAAACUAUAAUGAAACAGUGCUAUUAGCAGAUUAUAAAGCAUGUUUUUAAUGCAUUAUAGAUGUGGGAGUCAUAGAAAGUGUUACCAAAAGCUCUGACAGCACUAUGCCCAGGGCACAAUUCCCACCGUUGGAAUUUUGCAAAAAUGCAGAACCAAACAGUCAAUUAUUUGUGUGUUGGCUGUCCGCAGUGGGCCGUCAGACAGGUGGUGUUACAGUAGCACCAGUCUCCUCGCCCCGGUAUGUGAGUUCGGCGUGACACUUUAUGAUUGAUGGUCAGAGUGCGUGUCCAGGAGGCCUCUCUGGCUCUCCAGCACCCAACACACUUGCAAAGAAAUCGCGGUGUCCUCGAAUCUGGACUUUCUUUCAUGCACAAAAUCCUUCUUUCCUUUUUCUAUUGGCUCUGUUUUCCUUUUCUCAAGUGCCCACCCUGAAUGUUAGAAUAAAGAUAAGAAGUAAAAAGUGAGCCAGAUGUUGUUCGGGGGGUGGAAGCGAAGUCUUGUGAAAGUUUUUUUUAGUGAGCCUCAUAGGGAGAGCCGUCCUGUUGUUUCACGUUAACAAGCCCAGCAGCUUGGCAGUGGAACUGAGGCCAUAACGGCUUUGCUUUGUUUCCCCCCCCCUCUUCACAGCAUUUAUAGCAUUCACAGGUGUGUGUGUGUGUGUGUGUGUGUGUGUGUGUGUGUAUGUGUGUGUGUGUCUAAUUAACCUUACACGAGUAAACAAGUGAUGAACUGGAGGUGAGAGAGCUCUCAGUUGACGGAGCUCAGAGCUCCUCAGCUUGGCCACUGUUUAAUGUUUGACGAGUCUGAACAGCUUAUGAUGAAGAAAUAUAAUUUACAUUUCCCCUGGCCUGAUUCCCAAUUUUUUUGUUUUGGUUCACUUCCAUCAUGUCUUGUUUAAUGAGUCAUUUUAAAUGUUGUAAAUAUACUGAACUGCCUCUGCCAUUCAUGUUUGUCUGUUGUGAAAGCGUCACUUGGCCCCGGAUGACUCACUGUAUGGAUGUACAAACCAGAUGAUGUUAUAUGGAUGUGGAAACCAGAAACAUAUGCUUUUGUGAUCACGGCCAGAAGAUGUGGUUUGGAUAUUACACAGAAUUUAUUAUUUUUAUGGUUUUAUGUUGUUUCCAGACAACAACUGCCCUAUCGCUAAUGACUUUGCGGAGAACUUAGUGCAAAUGUGACGCGGGUUAAUCCGACCCUCUGCUUUUCCCGUAGAGUCACGGACAGGAUCUGACACGACAACCCACCACUUUCAUUCAUCUCCCGGGAAUAUUGCUUCACUCACACAUACAUCGUCCACCUAUCACUCUUUGGGAACAAAGGGAUUCUUCCCUCAGUGCAGUCCUGCUCUUCUGCUAUAUCAAAGUCUUCCUUGUACAUUUUUCCUCUGAGGCAAUGAACCACUGACUUUUUAAUCUAAAUGAUACAAAAAUAAAUUAUUAGUUAAUGA